GCUGCUCCUUGUGUCCCGGGCGCUCCCCGGGGCCUCGUCCCGCUCCCCGGAGCCGCCGCGGGGCGGGCAGGGCGCUGUGCCCGGGCCCCGGGCGGCCCUGCGGGAGCGCCCGGCCGUGGCCCCAGCGGCUGUGGCAGCUCUCCGCCUCGGGAGGCGAUGGUGUUUCACCUGUGUCGGGUGCCUCCGUGCGGAGUUACGGGUUUGUUUCACGCCUCUGACAAAACGGGCUUUGUACCUGCUCCCGUCGGGGAGAUUUUGUUACCUCCUCCGGCAGCGAAGGCUCUGCGGGCUCUUUCCCCGUCAAUUCGCCAGGCACCGGGGCCGCCGCUCUGUUGGGCCGGGAGAGGAGAGCAGGAGGCGGCCAGAGCGGUGCCACCAGCGGGUGUUACACAACGAGAGCUCCGCAGGAGACAGGCAGGACCAGUUCGGAUCCCGGCCAUGUUCGCGGUUUUGGUGGUGCUGUGUCAACUGCAUGUGACGGUGCUCGCGUUUCCUCACUGCCCUGGGAGAUUAAAUAACUUGAAGCAGCCGGAAUGGAAAGAUGUGUUCACAUCUGCAAGGGAGGCCAAUUUAUUCAUUGGACGACAUCUUCUGAACAACAGGUUUGAUUUUGAAGCAUUCACAGCUGAUAACCUGGAAAGGGAAUGCUAUGAAGAGCUCUGCAAUUAUGAAGAAGCGAGAGAAAUUUUUGAAGACCCUGAUAAAACGAUGGAUUUUUGGAAAGACUAUUCAACUAAAGGCCCUAAAAUAAAAAUAGGCGAUGAGGCCCUGCAGAAGAUUAAUGUCACAGGACUGCUCAUCAGCCUGGUUGCUGCUGGAGUGCUGUUGGUUAUAAUUGCUCUGAUUGUCUUCUACUGCUGCAAGAGCAGAUGCAAAUCAAGGCAACCACCGGGGUACUUGGGUUAUGUCAGGAACGGAAGACGGAAUUCAGCCAACAUCUUCAGGAGGCAUGAGGAGUUCUCCUUGAACCCCCUUCCCAUCGGAGCUGAGGACUCAGGGCUGCCCACCUACGAGCAGGCGGUGACCUCCGGUGCCCAGCACGGUGUGCCCCCACCCCCUUACCCAGGGCCCCCCAGGCACCCACGGCUCUUCCAAAAGUCCAUGUCCCUCCCUGGCCCCUAGGCACAAACCUCCUGCCGGGCUGAGGAGGGAUUGCUGGAACAUAACAUACUUUUGAAAAAAGUGCGUGCUACCUUGCAUAUUGCAAGAUGAUUUACAGAAAUGUGAAAGAUCUUCUGGACAGCUAGGAGGGAGUGAAUUUCCCAUUUGGGAAAAGAGGUCACCUGGCACAAAGGUACUGUGCCAAGAGGAGAGAAUGCCUAAAGAGCAAGUCUUGUAUUGCUGCCUGUCACUACAUUUGUAUGAAAAUUCUUUGCUAGGAUUUUCUUCUCCUGAGAAGGUGAGGAGCCUCAGGAAAGAAAUGUAAACAAUGGCUAUCUGCUGCUGUGGAACGCACCAGGUGCUUCUUUGAUUGGUCCCUGUGAGGUGUUUCUACUUAAUAACCAAUCAAGGAUGCAGCUGGCUCAGACUCUCUGGUCAGUCACGAGCCUUUGUUAUACAUUCCUUUCUAUUCCUGUCCAGCCUUCUGAUGAAUCCUUUCUCUCUGUUAUUUUAGUAUAGUUCUAAUAUAGCAUUUUCAAUAUAAUAUAUAUCAUAACAUAAUAAAUCAGCCUUCUGAAAUGUGGAGUCAAGAUUCUCAUCUCUUCCCUCAUCCUGGGACCCCUGUGAAGGCCACCAUAGCUGCCCUCUUCCAUAUGAGCCAUCCCAUCAAACUAUUGAUGUUUCAUUAAUAGUUUCAUCUUCUUUUUCUUCAGAAAGAACAGUAUUUUAAUUGCUCAUACUGACACUAGCUGGGUUUUGUGACUUUAUACUUUAAACCACCAUAAGAAGUCUACUUUGUUGUUUGCCAUAUUCACUUCUUUGCUGGGUGAAUUUUCUAUUCGUUCUUGUAAUAGAACUUGAGUGCAAAAAUUAUUUCAUGGCUAUUUCAUGGCUUGAUCUAUCAAAUAUAUAUAUAUAUAUAUAUAUAUAGUACUGCUAGUGGAUUACACUGGUUUGGUUUAGACAUUGCUGGUCACAUGACUUAAUUUGCUGUAUUUUUAUGAUGAUAAUUUUGCAUCAAAAGGGAGCAUUCAUUAUGUUGCACACUACCAAUUCAGGCAAAGUACACUUGCAUCAAAUUGUUUUGAUGUUGAACAGUAAAUAGCAGGUCAAAGAGAGGAAAUAGAAUACUGUGGGCCAGUGGAUGUUGAGCAAAAAGCCAGAGAUUUGUCCCUUUUUAAGAAGCUACCCAGGUUUCACAGCUAAUGUUUCUUAAGCUGAAAUGUAGAGAGAGACAUUUAACUUUCAAACCAAAGCCCAACCUAUCCCCUAGGAGCACUUUAAUGUCUUGCACUACAGGGAUGACAAAAUUAUACCUUUAAGUAGAAUGAAACAUCAAAUUAGAUCAAAAAUCAAGAGUCAAGAACUCCUGGGAGUUAUUGGUUCACUGUGCCAAGACAGUUUCUGUAUCUACAGCUGUAGCCACCACUAAUUUUACAUCUUAUUAAAAUAUCAACCCCCAGCAUUAUGCAACCUACAGAUCUUGCUGAGCAAAUUGCUGCCCAUCACUUGUGUCCCCUCCUCAGCACAGGAAGCCAGAGCAGAGGGUCUCACAGGAAACAUUUCAAGCUGUUCUCUUGUUUGCCAGUUAAGGCGCAAACAAUUAAAGAAUUUUUUAAGAUUAAACAACCCCUGCCCUUUUUCCCCCUCAUUGAGUCAAUGCUGACAACAGCAAAUUCUAUUUCAAUUUGGGGCCUACAAUCCACUUUAUAUUAUAAGUUAAAGGAUUAAGGGUUGAAAUGAAUAUGAAAUACUUCACUGAAUCUUAUUGUUUUGAACAUACUGGAAACUACAGUGUUGUUGAGCAAGAUGCAGAAAAUUGGUCUGAGAGUUUCAAUCUGUAAAUGUCUUUGUAAUAAUGGAAACACUUCAAAUCCUGGAAUAUAAAGAGGCUACACUGACAGUGCUACACAAUGAAGUCUUGCCCUUAGAAAAACAAAUACAAUGCAGUUGGUAGCAGUGCCAUUGGCAUCCCUGUUCACAAAACUUCACCAUCCAAUUUGGCUUUUGGCGAGUCACAAAUCUCUCUCCAGCUUCUUUUUUUCUUGAGAGAUGGGGGAAUCCCCAUGUUGGGAUGUUUUCAUUCACUUUUG